AUGAGGUUCCUCACUCUGUUGCAUCUCUCGGCGAUGCUUGCCGCAGGCAAAGCAGCCAUACCUUUUGACCGGGCUUACCAGGCUCGUGAUGAGCCUUCCGUGACCUGCGACACUACCACGACUCUCGACCCCAUAACCGUCACGGGCGACGGUGGUGGCACCUACACUCAGUGCUACACUGUCACUUACCCCGGCCUGGGCCACCAGGGCUCGCCGACAUCCAUCCCGUACACCAUCACUCAGACCUGUUCCAACCCUAUUUGUCGAGGCGCCGCCGAGACCACCCCUCCACCCGGUUUCACCUGUGCCAUCGUCGACUGCGGGACCUGCGCCCCUGGCGGCGGAUCUGUACACGUCACCGUUACUGUACCGACAUCAGUGAUUGACGGCUACAUUUCCUCUGGAUACACUAUUCAAACUCCACCACCAGAGAACCUGGGAACUGGUGGUUCCUCUGAUGGCUCCCCUGGUGGCGGUGAUGGCUCCUCUAGUGAUAGCUCUUCUAGUGACGAUAACCCCUCCGGCGGUCCAGCCGGCGAUGGCUCGUCUUCUGGGGAUUCUCAGGGGUCGACGCCACCUGUCGUUACGGCGGGUACAUCUGGCCACGUCAGCCUGAUCGGCGAGAGUUACCUGUUGGCUGCGAUGCUUCUCGGUGCUGUUAUCCUGUAG